AUGGCAAGAGUGAUUGAUUCCCCGGGUACCACUUUUACACCUUCUCUUCACUGUAGUUGUUUGCUUGCAGUGGCAAUGGCGCUCUCCCCCGCAUUCCAGGAACGCCUCCACCACAUGGACCGCACUCGAAUUCAACGCCUCUCUCUUCUCCAGGCCGAGAAAGAGUUGCAAGCCAGCAAGUCCCGCGCUUUGGCUUCCAAACUCGCAAGCAUCAGGGCCUCGGAACAGAGGUGCUCCUGGCUCGAUCACAAAAUCGCGUCACAGCAUUUCAAGCUUCUCGCUCUCAAGUCUCAAAUCGAGAACCUCGAAGCCAAGCACGAUUCGCUUUCACUCCAACUCAGGUUGUUGCAGAACGAGGUGGAGGAGCUUGAGGAAUUGCUCGACAAGAGAGAGAGCUUUUACGAGGCCAAGAGGACAGAAAUGAGAGAAUUCAAGGAAAUUGAGGAGAGGUUUGUGGUGAAAUGUAGAAUGGAAGUUGAGAGUAUGAGGAAUAAAGUGAACCUGUUGAGGUCCUCUUUCAUGGAACUCAAAAGUAACAGUGGCGACUCUUGCAAUCCCGAGAUUACUGCUGCUGAAAUGAGAAGGUUGGAACUCCUGGCUGAAAGGGACAAUGUUUGUAGAAUCAUUGAUCAUAACCACCAAAUAAAAGCACAGUUGCAAAAACAGCUUCAGACUAUUCUGAUGACGCAAACGCAAGAUAAGGGAUCAGAAUUGAAGACUGCUACUGGCUAA